AUUCUGUGGACCUGGGGGGUUUCUCCCAGCAUCCAAUCAGUUGCACGUGGGAAACGUGGGCUCCAUGCUGAGCUCUGCCUGGAUGCAGAGCUUUGUUCUGCCCUGUGAGGGUGGCAGGAGGGGGCUGGGCCCUCGGCAUCCUCCCUGAUGUUUUUGGGGCCUUGGAGCAGGGCCCUGGCCGGGCUCAACCUGCUGCCUUCCUCCUGGGGCUCCGCACAGGGCAGUGCUGCUGCAGCCCUGGCCGAGUGCCACCGCUCGCAGGAUAAAUAAUGCAGCUCUUGUGCUGCUUCCUCACAAUUGACCAUUGCCUCUCCCUGUAAUGGGAUCUGCCCCCCUGGGGGGUAUUUUAGAGGUUAGUUAAUUAGGUGUAAUUGCAGCAGAAGAGAAGCCUGUUCUGGGGUUCCGCCUGCUUGCCGUAGUGCCAGAUCCUUUAACAAAUGGCAGAGUGGGUUCCUAGGAACGUUGCUGGGGCAGAUGUAUCCCCGAGCUGCCAGCCCUGCAUGGAGUUUCACCAGUGAAACUACAGAGGUGCAGCACUGGGAAGGGCAUUUCUGCUCUGGGUUCCGCGCAGCCCCAUUCAGAUCACAGCAGCAAACUGGGACGGAGCAGCGCUGAGUUCUGCUCACAUUGUUGGCACAUCCAUUGCCCGGCACGGGGGGACGGUUGUGGACUUAGCCCAGACAAAUGCAGCAUUAAGAGGGAUCCGUUCAUUCCAGCUGGUUGCAUUGCAGCUCACUGACCCGGAGGCGCCCAGGGCAGCGCGGUCUGCAGCUCGUGCAAGCGCCCGGGGGUCUGAGUGCAGUGCUGCCAACACAGUGGCACAUCUCCAAAGGUGAAGGACCUGACGAAAUACCUUGAUCCCAGCGGACUCGGAGUCAUCAGCUUCGAAGAUUUCCAUCGGGGGAUCAGAGCCAUCAGAAAUGGAGAUCCUGACAGCCAGCUGUAUGAUAUGGGAUAUACCCCCGAGGAGGAAGCCCCGGCCUGUCCCGAUGAAUUUGAUGACUUCGUCACGUUUGAGGCAAAUGAGGUGACCGACAGCGCGUACAUGGGCUCGGAGAGCACGUACAGUGAGUGCGAAACCUUCACGGAUGAGGACACCAGCACGCUGGUGCACCACGAGAUGCACGACGAGGUGGAGACCGACAGCGCCAUCGACUCCACCGUGCACUCGGAGUUCACGGAUGCCAUCGAGGAGCAGGAGCACGGAUCUCACCCGCACGACCUGCCCCUGGGCUCGGACCUCAGCCACUCCAUCGUGACCGUCAUUAGCGGAGAGGAGCACUUCGAGGAUUAUGGAGAAGGGAACGAAGCAGAUUUGUUCUCGGACAGCUUGUGUAAUGGGGAAAGCAGCUUUAGCAGCUCCUCGUUCCUCACCCCCAGCCCGAAUAAAAGACUGUCCAGCAAGAAGGUGGCAAGGCAGCUGCACCAGACCAGCAGCACGCUGUCCGUGGGAGCGAUGGAGGAAUCCUACCGGGACACGCUGGAGUGCGCGGAAGAGGACAUCACGGACAAGGUGGUCUUUCUGGAGAAGCGUGUGACGGAGCUGGAGAAGGACACGGCUGCCAACGGCGAGCAGCACAGCCGCCUCAAGCAGGAGAACCUGCAGCUCGUGCACAGAGCAAACGCUCUCGAGGAACAGCUGAAGGAGCAGGAGCUGAGGGCCGACCAAACGCUCCUGGAGGAGAUCAAGAAGCAGAGGGAGAUGCUGAGCAAAAUGGAGAGGGAGAAGAGCAUCGAGAUCGAGAACCUGCAGGCCAGGCUGCAGCAGCUGGAUGAUGAGAACGGCGAGCUGAGGUCUUGCGUCCCUUGUUUAAGAGCCAACAUCGAGAGGCUGGAGGAGGAGAAGCAGAAGCUGCUGGACGAGAUCGAGGACCUCACCGUGCAGCUCACGGAGGAGCAGGAGAACAAGAGGAAGAUGGGGGACAAGCUGAGCCAGGAGAGGCACCAGUUUCAGAAGGAGAAGGAGUCGACCCAGGAGCUCAUUGAGGACCUCAGGAAGCAGCUCGAGCACUUGCAGCUCUUCAAACUGGAAUGCGAGCAGCGGCGAGGCCGGAGCAGCAGCAUGGGGCUGCAGGAGUACAACAGCAGGACGCGGGAGACGGAGCUGGAGCAGGAGAUCAAGCAGCUUAAGCAGGAUAACAGGAACCUGAAGGAGCAGAACGAUGAGCUGAACGGGCAGAUCAUCAACCUGAGCAUCCAGGGAGCCAAGAACCUCUUCUCAGCCUCCUUCUCUGAAUCCCUGGCGGCUGAGAUCAGCUCAGUCUCCAGAGACGAGCUGAUGGAAGCGAUUCAAAAGCAAGAGGAGAUCAACUUCCGCCUGCAGGACUACAUCGACAGGAUCAUCGUGGCCAUCAUGGAGACCAACCCCUCCAUCCUGGAAGUGAAGUAAGGGCGGCCGAGAGCCGCGCGCUGCGCACUCUGCCACGGCUGCGGAUUUGGUGCUCUGAGAGGAAGAAGAGGGACCGGCAACGUCUUUGCUCUUUGAUGAAGGCACAAGGAAGCGUUGCGUCGGAUCGGUGGCGAAGCAGCCGGCGCAGGACGGGGGCAGAGAGCCAGCAGCGAGGCUUUGUUGUCUGACUCCGUUACUUUGAAGCCCUUCUGGCUUCGAGGGGCGAAAGGGAAACCUGGAGGAGAAGUGGAGGCAACGGGCAACCACGGGAAGGACUGGGGUCGGCCCCGCACGGGUGUGAGGAGGGGUUCCUCUGAACUGCAGGGGUCGGGAUGGAGCAGGAACGUUUCCCCCCGCUGCCCUGCCCAGCCUGGGUGUCUGCUUUGCCAAAGUGUCCCUGACACGCUCACUCACUGGGGCAGAUCGGGGAAAGAGGGAAACACGUCCUGGACUUGUAGAAUUACGAUGAUGAUGACGAUUUUUUUUUUUUUUUUUUAAUUAACUUAAUGCAAAUGUCUUCAUCCAGCUGGCGCAGUUAAUCCUUGCCCUGCUGCUUUCGCUUGGGAACGGGUCGCGUGCUGAGGGCGGUGGCACGAAGAGCCGGGGGAGCAGCCAUCCUUGGGACAGGGUGUGAGUGCAGUGUCACCCACCCCCUUAUUUAUUUCGCUGUGGUUUGCUCCCCUCUGCGCCCCUGGCUCCGGCCUGCAGGGUCGGACGCUGCUGUGGGGUUUGCACGGCCCCAUGGCAGAGCCGUCCCCUCCAUCCCACCUGCAGGGAUUGGGGCAGAGGUUGUGGUGCGAGGGCUGAGCCGUCCCGGGGUCCCAGCCCGGAGCGGGGCUCUGCCGGUGAUGGCCACGGUCCCGGAGGGAGAACCCGCUCCUCGCCCUGCGCUGGGGAUGGGGACGGGGUGGCUGCUCUGAGCUCUGAGCGCACGGCAUCGCCAAUCUCUGUGCUGCCGGGGGCAGGAGGCUGCCACGAACGCAGCACCCGCUGGCUGGGAAACACAAGCCAUGCUCACAGCGCACAGCUCGUGGCUCGCUGGCUCUGCUGGCCGCAGCGAGGUGCGCCCAUGGGAGCAGCCACUCAUCCCAACCCGCUGCCCCGGGAUCCGGCUCCCUCGCUGCACCAGUCCCACGGGGCGGCUAUUCCUCCUGCUCACCAGGGUUCGGAAACACCACUGCAGCCCAACAACGGGGUAGCAGCAGCCAUGCCCAAAAUGCUUCCGAGCGCAGCGCUGCGUCCUGAGCCUGAGCCCGGGGCUGUCCCUGCAGCCUGAGCCCGGAGCCAGCGCCGUGUCCCCGUGCCGCAGCCCCGCGCUCCAUCCGACACGGCCCCGCGGACGGAGCCACGUCGUGUACAUUUCCGGAGAAGCUUUGGGUGUAAAUCAGUGUAUACUUGGAGAGGGAAAUUUUUCUAUCUUGUAGAGUAGGUAUUUUUAUAGAACGAAGGUCGAUCAUUUUUUUAAUACUUUAAAGAAGAGAGAAAUGUAUCUGUGUAUAACACAAAAGCAUAUAUAUAUAUAUAUAUAUGUAUAAAUAUAUAAAUAUUGGAGAUCUGCCUUUCUCGACUCGGGGUCACCAGUCCCCGGUUACAACAAUCGUCUUUUUUCCUGUCGCUCACCAAGAGGUACUGUAACUGUAAAUAAGCACCGGGAAAAAGUUUUAAGCAAACCAAGCACUGACUUGCACAUUCACCAUGCUUUAAAGCCCCUGUGAUAAAAAAAAAAAAAACAAAAAAACAAAAAAACCCCACAAAAACAAAACCACACCGACCUGUACUUCCCGAAAACGUUCCUCUCUCCCCCCCGGGUAUGUGAAGGAAGUCCCAAAAGGGUGAAAGCAGUGUUGUAUCUUCGAUGAUGUAUCGAUUCUCGUCCCAUUAAACGCUGUUACCAUUCCCGUC